AGAAGUAGCUACAGAAACGCCUUGGCCGCCCGGAAGUAUAGUUUUUUCGACCAGUCCACUUUCCUCUGUGGCGUUGUUUAGCAUCCCUUUUGAUGUUACUGCUUUUUAUUCCUUGAAAGGAGGUCUGACUAUAUGAGUUCUAAAUACACACUGAUGGAAGGAAUGAAAAUGGAUUCCACUCACAAUGUAACUCCCCAUCAAAGAAGACACACGAGGUGUUCCUGACUUUAUCUGAAUGAUGUGACAUGAAUGAACAAAAUAGCUUUUUAUAGCUGCGCUCGAACAAACAUCCAUCUUGAGUUGCUAAUAUAACUUGUUAAUUAAAGGGAACUUUUUAACAAUCCUAGAAUAUGCAUUGGACCUAAUUCUGUACAUCUUAAAGUAGAUUUCCCUGACGUUGAAGGGGAAUGCAGACUUGUCGACCAUAGACUGCAUGCGAGUGUGAUGCCCAGGCGAAGCUUGCCGCUGCAGGGCCGGAUGCGCUGGAUGCUCCUGGGGCUCUUCCUGUUGCUGGUCCUCCUCCUCUUUGCUUACCUGCUGGAGUGUACUCCCCCAGCUGAUGUUAGCCUGGUCCUGCCUGGCCUGGGAGGGGAGUCCCAUGGAAAGGAAUACUACCAGGCACUGCUGCAAGAGCAGGAGGAGCGGCACCUCAACCGCGCCGCCAGCCUCAAGCGACAGAUUGCCCAACUCAAGCAGGAGCUCCAGGAGAUGAGUGAGAAACUCAAGGUCCUGCAGGACAGAAAGGAAGGUCCCGGGGUCCAGGGGCUGGUUGAAACCAAGGACCAGGAGCCUGGGGAUCUCCUCGAGUUCCUCCACUCCCAGAUCGACAAAGCCGAGGUGAACACGGGUGCACGGCUGCCCAGCGAGUACGCCCUGGUCCCCUUCGAGAGCUUCACCUCUAGUAAGGUGUAUCAGCUGGAGAUGGGGCUGACCAGGCACCCAGAGGAGAAGCCUGUGCGGAAGGACCGCAGAGAUGAGCUGGUGGAGGUCAUUGAGGCGGCCCUGGACGUCAUAAACAACCCAGACGAGGAGGAUGGCCAGGAGGAUGAUGUGCCCAUGCAGAGGCAGACUUAUACCGAGAGCCACUUUACUGAGGGGCUGUACAGAACAGAACGGGACAAGGGCACACUCUACGAGCUCUUCUUUGCAAAAGAUGACUCUGACAACUUCCGCCAUGUCACUCUUUUCCGUCCUUUUGGUCCUUUAAUGAAAGUCAGAAGCACGUCCGUAGAAACGUCUGGAGUCAUCAUCAAUAUCAUUGUGCCGUUGGCAGGCAGAACAGAGGCAUUCUCACAGUUCCUACAUAACUUCAGGGAAGUUUGCAUAGAACACGAUAAGCGAGUCCAUCUUACGGUGGUCUACUUUGGACAAGAGGGCUUACAAGAGGUGAAGUCUUAUUUGGAAAAAAUGUCCAGGGAGGCAAGCUUUUCCAACUACACGCUUAUUCCAGUGGACGAGGAGUUUUCCAGGGGCAGGGGCCUGGACAUCGGUGCCCAUACCUGGAAGAAGGGUGACGUAUUGAUGUUCUUCUGUGAUGUGGAUAUCUACUUCACACUGGACUAUCUCAACACCUGCCGUCUUCACACCGCUCCAAACAAGAGAGUCUUUUAUCCGGUUGUUUUCAGUUUGUAUAAUCCUGCCAUAGUCUAUGGAAAUCUGGAGCUGGCUCCCCCCAUUGAAAGUCAACUUAUUCACAAGAAAGAUGCUGGAUUCUGGAGAGAUUUUGGCUUUGGAAUGACAUGUCAGUACCGCUCGGACUUCCUCAAUAUAGGAGGUUUUGACCUGGAAGUGAAAGGUUGGGGUGUGGAAGAUGUCCACUUGUACAGGAAGUACCUGCGGAGCGACCUGAUUGUGACGCGUACGCCGGUAUCCGGCCUCUUCCACCUGUGGCACGAGAAGCAGUGUGCAGACGAGCUGACUCCAGAACAGUAUCGCAUGUGCAUCCAGUCCAAAGCCAUGAACGAGGCGUCCCAUUCCCACCUGGGCAUGCUGGUGUUCCGCGAGGAGAUCGAGAAUCACCUCCGCAAGCAGGCCUAUAAGACCCAGAGCAAUACUGAAAACUGAAUGCCUUUUCGUUAGGUGGCCAUCUUGGGUACUCUAAAUCAGAACUCCUCGCAAUUUUUUUUUUUUAAAUACAAGAACUGAGGUACACAUGUCGUUACUAACAUGAUUAAAAUGCACUAUAUAGAAGACCAGUUUACACACAAUCCUGUUACAUUUCACAGCUCAGCUAAAGACACCUAUGAAUGUACAAAAAUGGAUUUUAGUAAAUGUGAAGUGUCCACUUAAACAUUAAGAGACUGAGAAUGGCACUACCUGCGUCAACAACACAAAAAGGCUAAUGGAACAUCUUUGAAGCUGGGGAAACUUGCAUAACCUAUCAUUAGCAAGUCAAGGCAAUGUUCUUGCCUGUGAGGUCAAGCAAUCAAUGGACAAGUGUUUGUUUUUUUAAAUCGCUACUAUAACCUGUUGUCUCUAUAGCCAUAUUGUUUAAUUUGUGUAAUAAUGUCAAGCUUGGUUUAAAGUUGUACAGUGAUUAAAAAAGGGACCUUUUAUGUUAGAAUACGAUUUGUUCAAAGGAACCAUCAGAGGCAGUGUUUGUUUAUCAGCAUUGAAGUUUUAUCCUAUCAGCUUUUAUUUGUUUAUUUGGAAAUGUAACAAAAUCUCCAGAUUGGAUUGAGAUUGAAGAAGCAAUUGAAACAAAGCUUUGCAAAAAGCAUGCAGCACAUUCAUAAUUUGCACAAGUGUCAUUCUUCUGACAUUUCUUGAUUUAUUCUCUGAGGAUGACUCACAGUAUUUCAUUAAAUUGAGCCUUGCAGCCACUCAAUGCCA